AUGGGUAUUGUCAUUCCAUUAGUCUCCGUCUCAGCAUUCUGGGCGAUUAUUGGAUUCGGUGGACCAUGGCUCGUACCAAAAGGACCAAAUAGAGGUGAGUAGUUCACGGGUUUUCAGUAGAAAUGUUUGAAAAAACAAAUGAAUUUUGCAGGAAUUGUUCAAUUGAUGAUUGUUAUGACUGCCGUUUGUUGUUGGAUGUUUUGGAUUAUGGUCUAUCUUCACCAAUUGAACCCACUCAUCGGACCACAAAUCAAUGUCAAAACCAUCCGCUGGAUUUCGCAACAAUGGGGAAAUUCGAAGGAUGUUGUUAGCAACUAA